AUGGCGUUUCCCUGGAUUCCUGAAGAUGAUUUUCGUCUCAGAAAAUCAAUCGAGAAUGGAGCUUCUCUAGAGUCGCUAGCGAAAGGAGCAGUCAAAUUCUCUCGAAGAUUCACGCUUUCGGAACUAACAGAUCGAUGGCAUUCUCUUCUCUACAGUCCCCAAGUCAAAUCUCUAUCUUCAUCAAUAGGAUUCGAUCUUGAACACUCAGAUCAAUUCCUUCCACAAAGUCAUCAUCAUCAUUACUCAACACCAGUCAGAACUCAGUAUUACACGGCGCGUAAGAGGAUGCGUUUGGAGGAGCCUCUUUAUGAUGAUCAUAAUAAUCAUGUCGCGUUUGGAGGAAACAUGUUUGGUGGUUCUGAUUUCUUCGGUUUGCAGUUUGAUGAUUCAGAGCUUGAAAUCAUCAAGAACACUUUCCAGGAUGGUACGCAUCAACAAGAUGAAGAUGGUGAUGAUGAUCGAAUGGCGAAUCAGUUGUUAAACAUCAACGAUGGAGAGAUUCAAGACUGUUUUGUUACAGACACAACAACAUUAGAUCAAUUUUUUCAUCAAGAAGAGUUUCAAGAUCCUCUGUUUCGAAAUCUUAAUGCAUCUUUCAUCGAGACAACAUCACUGUCACAUGAGAAAGAAGUCCAUGAGCAAGCAGAGACCCAUCAAGACUUGCCAAGCAAACAAGAGGGAUAUAGUCAUGGUGCAAUGUCACUGUCUAAACUGGAUCCACAUCCAGAAAUCAAGAACGGUGAAUGCAUAUGUACAAUAAACCAAGCGUGUAGUGAGGUUCCAAAUAAUGAUGAUAUCAACCUGCAACUGUACAAACCGAGAGCUCGAAACUCGAUUAAUCCUUCUUCAUUAGCAUCGAUGAGGAAGCAUACGAAACCACCUCUACCUCCGAUCAGAGGAUCAUCAUUUUCACAAGGUAAAGGUAAUGACUUUAUCAACAUGUAUGGUAUUGGAGACUGUGAUGUUACAGAACAAGCAAGUUGUUCUUCUGCAUUCAAAAAUAGCUUUACCGAGAAAGCAACAUUUACUGCAACAACUUCAGUAUCACAACAACACUUUCGAGAUAAAGAAAUCUGUGAACAGACAUUCAGUGCAGAGAUGGACAUUGACGCUUCAAUGUCAGAAGAAGAGCAGAAUCAUAAUGAAAUUGAGAGUGAUGAAGAUUUGCCUUCUUUUUCAGACGUUGAAGCUAUGGUUCUUGACAUGGACCUUGAACCGGUAGGUCAAGACCGGUACGAGUUGGAAGCUUCAAGAUAUCGAAACGAGGAAAUGGCGCGAAUGAUAAUGAGAUUAGAGCAGAGUUCUAAGUCUUACAUGAACCGUAUCAUCGCUUCUCAUGGAGCUUUUGCUAUUCUAUACGGAAGCUCUAAGCAUUACAUUAACAAGCCAGAGGUGCUACUUGGAAGAGCAACUGGAGAAUAUCCAGUGGAUAUCGACUUAGGAAGGUCAAGGUCUGGAACAAAAGUCUCUCGACGACAGGCUCUAAUCAGGUUGAAGCAAGACGGAUGCUUUGAAAUCAAGAAUCUUGGGAAGUUUUCAAUAUGGUUAAAUGAGAAAGAGAUUGAACAUAGAGAAACUGUUAAUCUCAAGAACAAUAGCUUAAUACAGAUACGAGAGAUGUCGUUCGUAUUUGAGACGAACGAGAAAGCAGUUAAAAGAUAUUUAGAUGGAAUUCACAAGUGA